AGCAGGAAUGGCUUCAAACUUCUGGUCUCAGGAUCAGUUCAGCUGUCCAGUGUGUCUGGAUCUAUUGAAGGACCCAGUCACUACAGCAUGUGGACACAGUUACUGUAUGGGGUGUAUUAAGAACUGCUGGGGUCAGACUGAUCAUACAGGUGUCUACAGCUGCCCUCAGUGCAGAUAGACCUUUACCCCAAGGCCUGUUCUGCGCAGAAACACCAUGCUGGUUGAAGUUGUGGAGAAAUUAAAGAAGACAGGACUCAAUCCUCCUCCUGCUCAAAGUUAUGCUGGACCUGGAGAUGUGCCAUGUGAUGUCUGCACUGGGAGAAAGUUCAAAGCUGUGAAAUCCUGUUUGACGUGCCUGGCCUCUUUCUGUGAAACACACGUCAAUCCACACUAUGAGGGGGCUGCUUUCAAGAGGCACAAGCUGAUAAAUGCAAUUGGAAAUCUGGAGCAGAAGAUUUGUGCUGAACACCAGAAGGUUUUGGAGGUCUUUUGUAGAACCGAUCAGACGUGUAUUUGCUUGUUGUGUUCACAAAUUGAACACAGGAGUCAUGAUACAGUCUCAGCUGAGACACAGAGGAUUGUGAAGCAGAAGCGGCUGGGAGAGACACAGACAGAAAUACAACAGAGAAUCCAGGAGAGACUGAAAGACGUAGAGGAGCUGAAACAGAGUGUGGAGUCACUGAAAAGAUCUGCAUGCAUAGAAAUAAAGGAAAGUGAGAAGAUCUUUACUGAGCUGAUCCGAUCCAUUGAGAAGAUCCACACUGAGGUUAUUGAGCUGAUUGGAGCUAACGAGAAGGCUGCAGUGAAUCAGGCUGAAGGACGCAUGAAGAAACUGGAGCAGGAGAUUGCUGAGCUGAGGAGGAGAAACGCUGAGCUGAAACAGCUUUCAGAGACAGAGGAUCACAUCCAUUUUCUACAGAAUUUCCAGUCUCUCUGUGUCCCUCCUGAAGCUGGAGACUUACCCAGCGUUACUGUCAAUGCAGACAUCUCUUUUGGGGCUGUGAGGAAAGCUGUAUCUGAACUUAAAGACCAUAUUGAGGACUUCUGCAAGGGGGAAAUCGUCAAAAAAUCCAAAACAGUGUAUGAAGUUGCAGUUUACAGUCUGCAGGCUCCAGAGCCAAGGAACAGAGCUGAGUUUUUAAAAUAUUCCUGUCAGCUCACACUGGACCCCAACACAGCGUAUAGAAACCUCAAUCUGUCUGAAGGGAACAGAAAAGUGACAUACAGUAGAGACAUCCAGACAUAUGCUUGUCACCCAGAGAGAUUUGAGAGCUGUUCCCAAGUGCUUUGCAGAGAGGGUGUGUCUUGGACUCGCUGUUACUGGGAGAUUGAGUGGAGGGGGGGAGGGGCUUUUAUAGGAGUCACAUAUAAAGGAAUCAGCAGGAGAGGAAGGGAUUGUUCCUGUCGCCUUGGAUACAAUGACAAGUCCUGGAGUUUGAUCUGCUCUGGUUCCAGUUACACUGCCCUGCACAAUAACAACAGAACUGCAAUAACUGCCCCCCGCUCCCCCAGAAUAGGAGUGUAUCUGGACUUUAAUGCCGGCACUCUGUCAUUUUAUGGCGUCUCUGACACAAUGACCCUCCUGCACAGAUUCCAAACCACAUUCACUGAGCCGCUCUAUCCUGGGUUUGGGCUUCAUUCUUAUGAUUCCCCUGUAACAAUCUGCCAGCUGAACUAGACUGUUUUGUGUUGUAAGAAACCCUUUGUAUUGAACUCCCUGUCUGUCCUCUCCACUCCUCGGGUGAAGGGAAUGUUCAAUCUGACACAACUUUGGAUGAAAGUUAGGGGGUAAAACGGCGCCACCUGCAGAGCGAAACGAGGGGAAUUAUUUGUUUUUACACUUGGAGCCGAGGCAGCCUCAUUGUUACUGUUUAAUCUGUCAGGUUAGUGUUCUGUAAUUGUAAACACUCACAACUGGACAGCUGUUUCAGCAUAACAUGUUCAAUAUGUCCUGAGUAUUUAUUGAUUACAAACACACAAAUAGCAGCAAGUGGCAGACUUAGUUGGCAUCUCUGCACAGUGCUAGAAUUCCCACAGCAAGUACUGAUAAGUAUCUCUUAAGGUGAUUGUAGCUCACUAAAUAAUUCCACAAUGUGUUCCUAUAUUGCACUUCCAUUGGCUGCAUAGGACUCAAAUGUGCAGGUUUGAAAAGCAUGAGAUCUGAUGCUGCUUGAGGUUAAAGAAAGUUAUCAGUUUCUAUGCCUUAUUCUCAGGGUGCAUGUUUACUAUAGCAGGUGUUUCGUUCAACACUGCACAUUUGAGACCUAUAUAAUGAAUGGAAGUGCACAGCAGCUGAGAUUCAUGGGAUUAUUUUGUCAGCUCUAAUCCCUAUCAAUGUAAGGUUGUGUAAAUAGCAGCUCACAAUACUUGCCAUGUCAAAGGCAUGUCAGUAUAGUUUCCAGCAGAUUCCUGUAUACAGUAGAAUCCUGUUAGCUGAAUAGCGUUUGAACUUGAUGCUGAAGUUUAUGGUAACACUUUAUAUGAAGGUGUCAAUUUGAAAUAGAUUAUUAACAUGUUAUAGAUGCUUAAACGAUGAGUUAUAAUGUUUUUAUAAUGCAUUAUAGAACAAGUCAUACAGGAUAGUAACAGCAUUUACUAGUGUGUUAUAAAUACUGAAUAGAUGAUAUAAGAAAUCUGCAAUAAAUGAAAAUAUGAAACUGUAUAUUAGCUGUAAACAAAUCAGGACAAAUCACAUUAAACACAAAUGAUUUACACUUCAUUGUAUGGGUCAUUUAUUUUGUAUUUUGUAUUUUUCAUUAUUUGUGCAAAAAACAGAACAUCUGCCAUAGCAGUGUCAAUAUGGUGUAGGGCCUCCAUGGGCAGCCAGCACGGCACUGAUUGGACGUGGCAGGUAGCGAUUCUGCAAGGUGCUUUUUAAAUUGUGCUGGAGGGAUACGGGACCAUUCCUCAAUGAUUACCAGCCUCUAAUUCCUUCAGGUUGUGUUGUAUUGGGGGUGGAAAUCUGCAGUCAAGUCAGAAUGGCCCGUACAUAGAGAGUCACAUCACUUUAGAGACUGUUCUUUGUGAAUAAGACUCAAUAAUAAUUUGUGCACUCUUGAAAAUGGAAGCACCUGCCAAACAAGCACAAUAUUUAUUUAUUUUUGCUUAUUUUAACAAUAAUGUGAGUGAAAUAUCAUCACAAGAAAGAAGAUAUUUCCAUGGAUAUCGUAAAUCACAAUCAAAUUGCAUUACAUGUGCAAUCUGCCCACAGUGGAAAAGCAGAAACGUGUUUUAAGCCUGGCCUUUGUCGCCCUCUUCAGGACAAACUCUGCAGCUGCGCAGAGCCUGAUUGAAAGCAAUUCUUUUCACUUGGUGUGGUUCCAUUGGAAAUGCAGGGCUCUAUUCACACAACCUUCAGGACUGUUCCAAGCACUGUUCUGUUAAAGACUCUUUAUGGUUUAAAUCAAGUUGUUUAGAGAGGGGGAGCAGUUUACUGUUUAUUAAUUUUAUUGUUUAUUAUUAAUCAAAGCACCAUUUAAGGUCAAAACUUUAUAAUCAGGUUUUAAAUUAAAACCAAAACAUGAAUGUAAAGAAGGACCAUUUUAAAAACCAUUUGGUUUUUUUUAUGUUUCUGUACUUAAAUUAAUGCAAACCUUUUUUCAUGUACUUUUUCUUUAAAUGUUUUGUAAAGUUUUAAUGUUCAAUAAAUGUUUUGUUCUGCACCUA